AAUUUCCUUUUUCUGUCUCUCUCUGUUGGUUUUUCUUCGAUCUACUCCAACGCGUUGAUUUCCACCAUGGGACACUAUUUUGAGUAAUCAAAGUCUUCUUUGUAGUCUUUGUGUUGACUGAGUAUUAUAGCAUUCGUGUUUGGAGACUCAUUUUCCAUGAGCCCCACUGUCUAAAAGUCUUCCUAUUCGACUUUCUUGAUUAUGGGUUCCCACUAACUGGAGAAUUGCAACUUCUGGAUCAUUUCCAUUGGAGGUUCUUUCUCCUCUGCGUGAUUUUUUCGCAUUUCACAUGGAGAAAUUGAUUUGGAUUCGAUGAUUCGUUGAUUCGUUGAUUGUUUUUUCUGUUUUUGGGGGUUUGGGUAAUUGUUCUUGCUUGAUGAGUUGUGGGAUGUGAUUGUUAGAAUCAUUGGCUCUGUGUUUGACUUGUGUUGUUUUAUCGGCGAGAUAUGGAUGGGCUUCUGAAGAAGUUUUUUCAUGAGAAGCCUUCUUCUUCGGUUGGUAAUGAGGAUUUUAACCCUGAAUAUUCUUUUGCAAUUGAGUAUACAGGUCCUGGAAUCAAUUACGACAUUCCCCGUGCAGUUCCUAUCAAUAUCGAUUAUAUUCCAACUGCUUCUGUUGUUGUUUCAUCGUCUCAGUUCAGGGAUGAUGUAUCAACGCUUCCAGUUAUAGAACCCAUCGUUGGUAAAUUUAGUAGGAGCUCAAGUUUGAAAGCCAAUUUAGUGAUUUCUUCAACCUCUGAAAUCCAGGAAGAUGGGCCUGUUUGCCUUGAUGCCAUUAAGAAAGAUAAUGGGAAAGAUAAAUGUGAUAUCAUUGAAAGUUCUGGUGAACUUGAGAAUUUCAAUAAGCUAAAGGGAAGAUUAGAAGGCGGGUUAGAAUCACUGGAAAUUAAGAAUGAAGAGGAUUUUCAAGGUUACACGAAUUCGAGUGAUUCAGAAUCGGCAGAAUCGGGUUUGAGCUCGUCUUCUGGGAUUUUUGCUGUAAGAGAGGAAGAGGAAGUUGAAAAUGAAAUCCAGCCUUGGCAUGGCAGGAAGCCAUCAGCUGUUACUUUUCUGGAUCCCCAUUUGAGCAGCACGAUUUCUGACGAGGCAGAAUCGAGUCAAUCUGAUGCUGAAAGUAUCCAUGACAUGCCAAGAGCUGAAAGGAAGGGGAAGAAAGGAUCGUGCUACUACUGCCUUAAAGGAAACCGUUUCACUGAAAAGGAAGAGUGUAUUGUCUGUGGAGCCAAAUAUUGUAUUGUCUGUGUAAUUAGGGCAAUGGGAUCAAUGCCAGAAGGAAGAAAGUGUAUCACUUGUAUUGGGUUCAGGAUUGAUGAAUCAAGAAGAAACAACCUGGGUAAGUGCACUAAAGUGCUCAAGAGGCUGUUUACUGACUUGGAAGUUAAGAACAUUCUGAGUCGGGAAAAAGAGUGUGAAAUAAAUCAGAUACCUGCAAGACUUGUUUAUAUCAAUGACCAUCCUUUAAGUAGACAGGAACUGCUUAUGCUGCGAAGUUGCCAAAAGCCACCAAAGAAUCUAAAACCAGGACGAUAUUGGUAUGACAAAGAAUCGGGCUUCUGGGGAAAGGAAGGACGUGGACCGUGUCAGAUAGUUAGCACCCAUCUAGAGGUAGGAGGUCGCAUUAAGAGGGAUGCUAGCAAUGGCAAUACAAAUGUUUGCAUCAAUAAUCGAGAGAUCACGAAAAAAGAGCUGCGGAUAUUGAAGCUGGCUGGAGUACCUUGUGAAGGAAGACCUUCUUAUUGGGUUAGCGCAGAUGGAUCAUAUCAGGAAGAGGGAAUGAACAAUGGGGGGAAAAUAUGGGACAAGCCUACAACGAAGCUUGCAUGUGCCGUUUUUAAUUUACCUAUUCCUUCUAGUUCUGUUCAUUCUGGAGAGGAAAAGGUGGAUAAAGCUAGUUCUUCUCCUGAGCCGAAAAUGCUUCAUAAACUUCUACUUGUUGGCCAUGACCAAUCUGGCACAAGUACCAUAUUCAAGCAGGCCAAGCAAAUAUAUAAAGUUCCUUUCUCUGAUGACGAGCGUCAAGCCAUUAAGUUCCUGAUUCAAAGAAAAUUAUAUUGGUAUAUCAGUAUACUACUGGAAGGUCGGGAACGUUUUGAAGAAGAGGUUUUGAUGGAUGAGAAGAAUAAACAACCUGUGAAUGAUCCGUCUACCUCAUCAGCAUCAGGGAGUGACGUUCAGUUUGAGCGUAAAACCAUCUAUUCCUUUGGCCCUAAGCUGAAAGUGUUCGCCGACUGGCUUCUUCAAGUCGUAGUGUCAGGUUACUUUGAGACAACAUUCCCAGCAGCUACCCGUGUGUACGCCCAAUCAGUGGAAGAGUUGUUGAAGGAUGAAGCGUUUCAAGCCACAUACAGUAGAAGGAAUGAACUAGAAAUGCUCCCAAGAGUUUCAACUUAUUUCCUUGAUCGGGCUGUUGACAUUUCAAGCUCAGACUAUGACCCUUCUGACAACGACAUCUUGUAUGCCGAGGGAAUCUCCUCAUGUAAGAGCCUCAGUGACAUGGAGUUCUCGUUCCCCGAGUCACGACAAGACUCCCUUCUCGAUCCACCUUAUCAGCAUGACUCGUCAAUAAGGUACCAGCUGAUUCGAGUCCAUCCCAGUACCUUGGGAGAGAACUGCAAACUGUUGGAAAUGUUUGAAGACAUGAGCAUUAUCCUGUUUUGUGUUGCUCUGGUCGACUACGACGAAUUCGACGAAGAUGAUAAUGGAGUUUUAGUCAAUCGGAUGAUCGCAAGCAAACAACUCUUCGAAAGGAUCGUGACGGAUCGAGCAUCGAGUGGGAAGAACUUCCUUCUCAUACUCAACAAGUUCGAUCUGUUUGAAGAAAAAAUCAUCCAAGUUCCACUUUCGCAAUGCGAGUGGUUCGACAACUUCAAUCCAAUGAUCACGCCAAAUUCUACCGGAAGAAGCAGCAGCAGCAGCAGCAGCACAAACCCGUCAUUGGCUCAACGAGCGUUUCAGUACAUAGCGGUGAAAUUCAAGAGAUUGUUCUAUUCUCUAACAGACAAAAAGCUGUUUGUUUCACAAACUACAGGGAUGGAACCUGAAAAUGUGAAUGCAGCUCUCAGAUAUGCGAGGGAGAUAAUCAAAUGGGAAGUAGACAAGCCUAACAUCAGCAUUACUGAAAUUUCAACUGCCAGUGCUGAUGCAAGCAGCUUUUUAUAGGUAUUCAAAUUUAAUUGAUUAUUUCCUUCAUAAUAAAUUAGUGUAACACUAAUUAUUAGUCCUCUGUAAAUUUUUUAUAUUUUUAUUUAAAAAAAAGCUGAAGAAUUAAAAUGUAUAGAUUUUGGUAAUAUCUAAAGUGAUUGUAACUCAGUAAUAAUUGACAUAUAUUAUUUCGUUUAGAUU